AUACAGCUAUGAAAGUUAUAUAUUUAGAACCACCUGUUCAAUUGGAAUCCAGCGACGUCUGUGUCUUCAGUGUCCUAGAACUGUCUAGGUUUUUGUGUUCUGACUUGUAAAAUAGGAUGAAUGAAAUAAGUUUGUAAUAAGAUUGUUAAAACUGGCCUCAGGUUAUUGAGAGAUCUGAUUUAGGAUUUACCUUCGUAGCAAGGUUGUUUUAUCAUGUGGUUUCAUCUGGGUCUCUAUUUAAAAAUAACACUGUCUUUGGCAGGAGAAAGACCAGACUCAGAGGAACCAGAGCCAGGGACGUCCAAACCAGCAAGACGACACCAGUGCUCCCACUGUGGAAAGAGUUUUAACCAGAAAGCACACCUGAAAGCUCAUGAGAGAAUACACACAGGGGAGAAGCCUUACCACUGCUCCCAGUGUGGACAGUGUUUCAACCAAAAAGCACACCUGAAACAACACCAGAUAAUACACACAGGGGAGAAGCCUUACCACUGCUCCCAGUGUGGAAAGUGUUUCAAACGGCCUUUUCAUCUGAAACAGCAUGAGAGAAUACACACAGGAGAGAAGCCUUGCCACUGCUCCCAAUGUGGAAAGGGUUGUAACGGGUUAUGGGACCUGAAACAACAUGAGAUAAUACACACAGGGGAGAAGCCUUACCACUGCUCCCAAUGUGGAAAGGGAUGUAACGGGUUAUGGGGUCUGAAACAACAUGAGAUAAUACACACAGGGGAGAAGCCUUACCACUGCUCCCAGUGUGGAAAGUGUUUCAACAAGAGAGGACUCCUGAAACAGCACGAGAGAGAACACACGGGGGAGAAGCCUCACCACUGCUCCCAGUGUGGAAAGUGUUUCAACCAUUCAGGGGAGCUGAAACGACAUGAGAGAGUACACACAGGAGAGAAGCCUUACCACUGCUCCCAGUGUGGAAAGUGUUUCAACCAUUCAGGGGAGCUGAAACGACAUGAGAGAGUACACACAGGAGAGAAGCCCUACCACUGCUCCCUAUGUGGAAAGCGUUUCAACCAGUCGGGGGAGCUGAAACAGCACGAGAGAAUACACACAGGGGAGAAGCCAUACCAUUGCUCCCAGUGUGGAAGGAGUUUUACCGGUUUAGGGACCCUGAGACACCAUGAGAGAAUACACACAGGAGAGAAGCCUUACCACUGCUCCCAAUGUGGAAAGCGCUUCAACCAUUUGGGGGAGCUGAAACAGCAUGAGAGAAUACACACAGGGGAAAAGCCUUUCCACUGCUCCCAGUGUGGAAAGUGUUUCGGCCUUUCAGGGACACUGAAACGACAUGAGAGAAUACACACAGGAGAGAAGCCUUACUACUGCUCCCAAUGUGGACAGGGUUGUAGUGCGUUAUGGCACCUGAAACAACACGAGAGAACACACACGGGGGAGAAGCUUUACCACUGCUCCCAGUGUGGAAAGUGUUUCAGCCAAUCAGGGACGUUGAAACGACAUGAGAGAAUACACACAGGGCAGAAGCCUUACCACUCCUCCUAGGGUGCAAAGCUUUUGCCCAUUUAGGAAGCCUGAAAGAACACAUUAAACUGCACACAGAGGAGAAGACUUAGAAAAGCUCAGACUGUGGGAAAACAUAUUACUCAUAACAAUCACUUAAACGUCAUAUGAGAAUCCACACAGGAGAGAGAAAUUACUUCUCUUAGCGUGUAUAUUGAUAUUUCACAUCACAUUGGCUUAAAAUUUAUCAGAGAACAUACACAGUGCUCCCGUUGUCUUAUAUUGUUGACUGAC